AUUUUCUCUGAUUUUAGUACGGUUUUAGAGCACAAAAUGUUUAUUAUCCCCAAUUUCCUACUUUCUAUACAACGCUAUAUGUCGUCAUCUGUUAUUCGCUGAUGUUACUCAUACAAAUUUUCCGCAACAACACAAAAAGGAGUAGUCAAAUAUUUUCAGCUGCCGCAAUUAUAUCCUUGUAAAAUUUGGAAAACCUUUUUCAAUUAUAUACGCAUUUAUGCGAAAAUAUUAGGAGAUAUUAAAGUUGUGCAAUGAAUAAGAAUUGUGAAUAAAUCCCUGGAAAAAGUGUUGUGAACAUCAGAAUAUAUUUGCUGAAUAUAAGUUAUUUGACUUUGUUGUGUAUGCACUUGUUGUAUAUAGCAGUGUUGGCGGAACCAAAAUUUGUAGCUAGUAAAAUACUGGCAAAAAAUUGAAUUAUCUAUUCUUAAUAAAUAUACAGCUGUUUCGAACGAGUAGCAACCUGCGCCCGGAUAUUGCCAAUAGCCAUCAGGCGUUCUCUAAAGACACAUUUCGCUUACUUGGGAUUUCUUUUAAUUUCUUUACAAAUCUAUUAAUUCGCUUGGGAGGAAUACAUCUGCUACUUUUAUUCCUACAUGCCCGGUUUUCAUAUUAAUGAAAUGGGUGAAAUGGUUUUGGAUGCCAUCGAGGACAUCGCCGUUUAUGAUGUAUAUGGUCUAGCAACAGAUAUUGGUAGAGAAUGCGAACGGGUGAUUGAUCGUUUUGGUAUCGAUGCAGUCUCCACUGUGUUGCCUAAGGUUAUCAACACGCUAGAGUUGUUGGAGAUAUUUGUAGAUAAGAACGAAAAGGAGAAUGUAACAAUAAAGGAGUUGCGGGAAAAGAUUACGCAGUUGGAGAAUGAAAAAUCUGAAAAAGCAGAACACCGCCGACGUUAUGAGAGGGAAAUGGAAGUGCUAGAAGAGCAAUGGCGUACCGAAACUAAUGAAUUGCUUGAAAUGGUGCAAACACUACAGGAUGAAAAUAAACGUCUUGUGAAACAGACACAAGAUUUGCAAUCUUCUUCUGCACAUUCAUCAGGUUUGGGUGCAAGCUUAACGGAAAGUAUUAUCAGUAUUACGAAUAAUGAGUUGCAUAGUGCUUUAACUGAUACACAAGUACUCCAACGUUUAAAGGAGCAGAUUUACAAACAACGAGAUGAGCUGAAACAAAAGGAGCAAGAAUUGCAGGAAAAAUAUGAGGAUAUCGAGGGUCUUCAUAUACAAAUUGAACGCUUAAAAACAUCUGGAGAAGAUGCUCAUCGCCGACGUAAAGCAUUGCAGGCACAAGUGAUGACGAUGUGUGAGCAACGUGCCGACUUUUUAGCACAAUUACAGGACCAAUUCCUUGAAAUUAAUCAAUUACGUCAACAACUCGGUUUGGCUGAGAAAGAGAAUGAGGAUUUGGUAAAAUCAUACAGUGACGACCCUAACGAUCCGAAUCGUCCGCGAUAUACGACGUUACAGUUGAAGGAGUUAAUGCGUGAACGUGAUGAAUUAAUCACCACUGUUGACAAUUUGACCGAAGAGUUAAAGGCACUGAAGCCAAGUAGCGCCAAAGUGGCAGGUGGUGGCGGUGGUGGUGGUGGUGGCGACUCAAGUUCAUAUGAUUAUGAUGACGAUGAUGAUGUUGAUGAAGAAUCACAAGAGGCGCAUGAAGCUGUAUGCGGCACGCCGCCCGACCAUGAUGCACCCGUACAAGGACCUUUACCCUACGAACCAGACGAUGCUCCUUGGAAGAAGAGCAGUGAAUCGGGUAUACGUAAAUUUUUCCGUCGUUUGUUUUCCGACACAUCAGAUACUUCAAAGCGUUCCUUGGCCACACUUUCGAAAAUGGCGCUCUCUGCUACGCCUGGCAAUGUGGAUGUCAAGUAAACUACCGGGCUAAUGCAUUUAUUUAUUCUUUUGUUAAAAUUAUGGGCUGAAUUUUUCGAUGUUAAUUAAGCAGAAGUGCCAGAAAAUGGUGUCGAAGAUUAUUUAUAAGAGUUUUGUCUGAAACUGCAACAUUCCUUACAUUCUUCAUGUAAUUAAUAAUUUAUACAACAAAAAAGGUUAUCAAGAAUUCUAAGCAAAAAUCUAAACUAUUUAAA